AUGCCUCCCAGACUACCAACUCCCUCGACAGCUUCGGCUAUUGCACGAUCCGUCAUUCGACCCUUUUCCACUACAGCCCCGGUCGCUGCCCCCCGCGAGCACAAUGCCUCAGCAGGAGGUCACAACCAUCGCCUUGCGAACCUCAACAACAGCAGCCAUAACCGUGGUCAAGCAUACAAGCCAUCCCGUGGAGAUGCUGCCGCUAGACUUAUAGAGCGAUUCAAGUCGCGAUCCGCCUCGUACACACAGGAGAAGACAGCACAGAUGGAAUUCCUCAAGAACCAGAAGAUGUCGAACGAUUUCCUCAAGCAAAUGCCUCGACGAUGGGAGGCUGGUGAUGUCUACUCGCCUCACGAUUUGAGUCCUGUUGAGAUGCAGAAGUGGAGGAAGAGAUCAGUGCGAAACAACGAUGUUGUCGAUGCGCUGGGCAUCAGCCCUCUCGAUAUGUACAAGAACUUCUCUCUUAUUGAGCACUUCACGACCUCAUCUGGAAUGAUUAACCACUCCAACCUCACCCGUCUUCGACCUGUCAACCAGCGCAAGGUGGCCAAGAUGGUUCGCCGAGUCCAGGGCAUGGGUAUCUACCCCAGCGUGCACGCCCACCCCGAGAUGCUCCGCGACCAAUUCUUCCAACGCCAAAAGUAG